UUUUUUAUAUUUUAUUAAUAAUUUAACUUAAAUUUUUUAUUUUGCUGAAAUGAUUUAGUUUCCUCAAAAAUAUUUAUUUUAAAUUAUAAGUUUUAAAAGUGUGCUUCUGUUAUUAAGUUUCGUGGCAAGUGAAAUACUUUUACAUAAAUUGAGAGAGCAAGAGUAGUACAACCUUGGAUUCAUCCUUAAGCUUUCUCUGAAUUUCUUUAUUUUUUUCCCCUCAUUCGACCAAACAAAAUUUUGUCUUUUAUUAUAAUCAACGCUCCUACUUUCUCUUUUUCUGUUUCUUGAUAAACCCAUUUCUCCAACUUUAGUUAUUUUGCAGUUUACUUGUUGACUGUUAUUCUAAUGGGUUAUUUCAGUUCAGGUUUGAUGUAAAGCUUUGUUUUUUUUUUUUUUUUUUUUUUGUGUGGACUUUAAGAAGAAGAAAAAUGAAAACUUGGGUUUUAUUUGGAGUUUUAGUUACUAUUGGACUGUUUUUUCUGACAUGUGAUGCUUUUCCAUCUAAUGAAGUUUAUGCUUUAAAUAACUUCAGGGAAGCUAUAUAUGAAGAUCCACGUAUGGUAUUUUCAAAUUGGAAUGCUUUAGAUUCAGAUCCUUGUGACUGGUCUGGAAUUUCUUGCUCGAUGGCCCGAGAUCAUGUCGUAAAAAUUAAUAUUUCUGGUGUUUCUUUGAAGGGUUUUGUUUCACCGAACUUGCAUUUUAUCACGUCUUUGCAAGAACUGAUAUUGCAUGGAAAUACACUGAUCGGUACAAUACCAAAGGAGAUUGGCUUGUUGAAAAACUUAAAGGUCUUGGAUUUGGGUUCUAACCAGCUAACAGGACCAAUUCCUCUCCAGCUUGGUAACUUGUCAAACAUUAUUAAAAUAAACCUUCAAGCCAAUGCAUUAACGGGUAAACUGCCCUCUGAGAUUGGUGAUUUGAAAUAUCUUCAGGAACUUCGUCUGGACAGAAAUAAGCUCAAAGGAACACUGCCUGCCAGUAACGGCUCAAAUUCUACAUCCAGUGCGCAUGGCAUGUAUGUCUCUGGUGCCAAACCUACUGGUCUUUGUCGUUUAUCUCAACUGAGAGUUGCUGAUUUCUCCUUCAACUUCUUCUUUGGAAGCAUACCGAAGUGUCUGGAUUACCUUACAAAAUCUAGCUUUCAAGGAAAUUGCCUUCAAGCAAAAGAUCCCAAGCAGCGGUCUACUGCUUUAUGUGGAAGCACUCCACCUGCCAAAAGCCAUGCAGCGCAGACCAAUAAUAAGCAUCGGCUUGUUGAAGGAAGAGCCAAACAUCAGUCUGCUUCGAAACCUACCUGGCUUUUAGCUUUAGAAGUGGUGACCGGAGUUAUUGCAGGUUCUCUCUUACUUGUGGCUAUUCUGACUGCCAUUCAGAAGUGUAAGAACAAAUCUUCAAUUAUCAUCCCUUGGAAGAAAUCAGCAAGUGAGAAAGACCAUAUGACUGUUUAUGUAGAUACCGAGAUGCUAAAGGAUGUUCUAAGAUAUAACAGACAAGAACUUGAGGUAGCUUGUGAAGAUUUCAGCAAUAUUAUUGGAUCCUCACCAGACAGCUUGGUUUACAAAGGAACCAUGAAAGGCGGACCUGAAAUUGCUGUAAUUUCCCUUUGUAUCAAAGAAGAGCAGUGGACCGCCUAUCUAGAACUUUAUUUUCAGAAAGAGAUAGCGGAAUUGGCCAGAAUAAACCAUGACAACACUGCAAAACUUCUAGGUUACUGCAGAGAGAGCAGUCCAUUCACACGGAUGUUGGUGUUUGAGUAUGCAUCUAACGGGACAUUAUAUGAACACCUUCAUUAUGGAGAAGGAUGCCAACUAUCUUGGACGCGGCGAAUGAAAAUAGUUAUUGGCAUCGCUAAAGGACUAAAAUAUCUCCAUUCGGAACUUGACCCACCAUUUACUAUAUCGGAACUGAAUUCAAAUUCUGUGUAUCUCACAGAAGAUUUCUCUCCCAAGCUUGUUGAUUUUGAAAGUUGGAAAUCGAUAAUUGCUAGAUCAGAAAAGAAUUCUGGUGCUAUCAGUAGUGAAGGAGCAAUGUGUGUCCUUCCAAAUUCUCUAGAGAGCCGUCAUCUUGACAUCCAGGGUAACAUCUAUGCAUUUGGAGUACUACUGCUCGAAAUAAUCAGCGGAAGACCUCCAUCUUGCAAAGACAAAGGGUGCUUAGUAGAUUGGGCCAAAGAGUUCCUUGAAGUGCCAGAGGUAUUGCCAUAUGUUGUAGAUCCCGAGUUGAAACAUUUCAAAUAUGAAGACCUCAAAGUGAUUUGUGAGGUGGUGAAUCUCUGUAUCCACCCGAAUUCCAUUAGCAGGACUUCCAUGAGAGAUUUGUGUGUAAUGUUGGAGAGUGAAAUCGACACAUCCAUAACUGCAGAGCUCAAGGCGUCGUCUUUGGCAUGGGCUGAGCUACUCUCAUCCUAACUGCCAAAGAUACAAAGCUAACCGUAUACAUCUAUACAUAUAUAUCAUAGAUGUUUAAUUUUCUAGCACAUUUUCUAUCUAUUUUUUCCGUUGUUUCUUUGUAAUCUCUUACUCCAUUCUCCUUCCUAAUAUUCGGGAGUUAUGGUGAGUUUAUGUAAAUUUUGCAUGCUGGUAGAAAUAUAUAGAGUUCAAAAGAUGCUAGUCUUGAUACCUUGUAUACAAAGUUACAAACUGGACCUACAAUGACUGUGUUAAUAGUGAAUGAAACUCAAUGCAGCAAUUAUCCUUUUUCGUA